CGUCUUUACCGAGAAUCUCGUACUAACUGACCCGAACUGACCCCUAAACAUUCGUGAUUGUACUGUACAUGUUGUAGAUAAUAGUUUCUACUUGUUCUUACAAAGACAACCAUACCUUCUCAAGAAUAACGCAACCUUUCCUGGUAGACUAAUCAAUGUAAAUUGUCGAGCAGAAACUCCAGAGCGUGUUAUUUGGACACGUGACCCUCUUCUUGGCUGAGAAGUUUCGAGGAAAUUCAGCUGGGUCGGCGAUUCUUGGAAAUUCCUGCAGUGGUUAUAUAUGAUUUGUCGAUAGAGUCUCACAUAGACGGCAAUGUGGUCGGAUGAUGACGAUUAUUAUUCCAUACCUUACUACUUCGGUUCAAAUGAUGAUAUGGACGACGACAGCGAUGAUCAUUACACCUUUGAAGACGAUUAUUAUUACAGUAGCGGCGAAGAUUAUUCCGAUGUUAUUUCUCGACGGAUAAGGUCAAAAAGCGAUGACGCAGAGGAUAUCACAGAAACUGAAGCCUCCACGUCGAGUUACCAAGUUUCUCCUCUGCAAGACUUGUGUUGUCGCUUUAUUUCACGGAGAUUUCCGUUCGCUUUCAUCGAGCAUCGAUCGCCCCCGAUUCCGGACCAGCUUCAGCUGAAAAUCAUCCAGUUUUCAUUCCCCGAAGACGAGGAGAUGAUACGGAAGUAUGCCGAGUUUAGCCGCACCAGUGUUGACUUCGUCGCGGCAAGAAGGCUGGUCGCGAAUGGAAUCGUGAAAGAUUUGAAUCAGAUAGGCUUUCGUCUAAGUGCAUCUGUUGGUGAACGAAGACAAUAUCGUUGCAGAGGUAAUAAUAACAAUACGAGCUAUGUUACUAUUCACUUUGACCGUGGCAAGAUUACCUCUGCUCACUGUUCUUGUGAGUUGUCCACAAACUGGUGUGUCCAUGUGGUUGCAACAUGUUUGGCAAGAAUCAAGAAGAAAGACACAAUAGCUAUUCACAUGCCAGUCUCAGACUCACUCGAUUUGUUGGACAGAGAACAGUUGUUGAAGUUUGCACAGUACCUGCUAAGUGAACACCAACAUGAACGUGUUGUAGAAACAGCCCAGCAACUGCUUAACAGACUUCUGUCUCGGCAACAACAGGAUCAGCAAGAUGACAUUAAUAAAAUACCUGGGGCACCUGAUCCAACUGCUGGACCAGGUCUAGAUGAAGAAGCUCACUGGUUUGUGUCCAAGAGUGGAUUUCAGUCUCGCUGCGAUAGCUUGAUGUAUGAGUCUCAAGCAGAUCUAGGAUUUGUAUCCUACAAUGAUAGGGAUAAUGACAGAGGGAGUUCAGUAACUGAGUUAUGGACAAAGAAUUGCUUUCAACAAGCACUUGUUCAAGAUGAAAUGGACCAACAACUCAACGACUAUUGCACUUUCUCCUCUCCCCAUCGCUUCAAUGUUCUUAAAGUCCUGGAAACAGUUGCUGAUCUGCUUGAGGAUGAUUUUAUGAGUGCUGUGUCAGCUUUGACCAUGUGCACCGAGCAGUUAACAGAGAGAUUGAACAAGAUCUGCCAUGUAGAAUCUCCUUCUGAUCGAUUUAUAAGGAGGCAUGGUGUGAAACAGCAACCAAAAGGAAACACUGGGACUUUUUUUGGAUCAUUGGCUGGGGGCUUCACACCAAGAAUAUCAAGAUGCUCCACGCUGAGUGAUGAGGUUUCACGACUGUGGCGGUUAGCUGUACUUAGACCUGGUGUCCCUCCUAAAAAACGAGAGGGAAUGCUUGAUCAGCUGAGGACAUUAGAUCAAAGAGUUUCUGUAGCAUUUAUGAAUGGUCCAUUACGUCCUUGGCAUGGCUUACAAGUCGCCGUCCGAUUGGCGUCCAUCGAUUGGGGUUCAGAUGUCUUCCAGACGGUCUUAAGGGGAGAAUGGAUCCAAUUUCCUGUUGUAACCAGCUGUAUGGCUAUCCAAGUCUCCUGCCAAUUGAAGGAUCAACAUAUGAAUUGGCAGGAAGUAGGCGAAAGGCAGAAUAACGAGGAGCAGUGCAGAGGUAGUAGGACAUUAUCAUUUCUAAAUCCUCACUGUAUCUCAUUUGGCCCACAUUACGUUGUCGAUAUCCACUCAGUGUGCUCCAUGAUCGAAGCCUUGAAUGUCAGCGGAAGACAUGAUGAGGCUAUGCGUUUAACUGUUACACUGUGCAGCACGCUUGUGCUAUUCUACAAAGGUCAUCUCCUUAAACUGUUUGAUGCUGCCACAUUGCCAGUAUCUGCUAGAUGCCACUUGGGGGUAGACACUUUACCAGGAGAUGUGAAAAGGGGAGAUCAUCUAGCUGGGAGCAAGGCUGAACAGGAGAUGGACCCGCUUCUGAAAAUCAAUGGAGAAUCGCCGAUGAACGUGGAUGCGCCUAGUGAGAAGCCAAACUUUGAUGGUGUCUGGCCAGAAAACACCAUUUUGUCCAUAACUACCUUUGCUUUCCUUUUCGACCUUCUCUCUCGAAAGCCUGAUUUGGCCCAGGAGUGCCUUGCAAAAAUGAAGCGUACACUCUCUGAUGAGAUUAGACUUCAUGCCUUGGAUAGCGCACAGUCGCUCAGGUUCCAUAUAGGAGUAAUUGGAUUGUUGCUGCAGAGACUUCCAGCACCAUCCCUUCACCAUGAGGUGGAGGAGUACAAUUAUGAAUGCUGGCUCACCUACCAGCUGAUUUGCAGUUCCCCAACUCUCACAGAUCUGAAUUUCUUAGCACAUCUUGGACAACAACUGAUUGGUGCAGCCACUGCCACAACCACGGCCACACCCACGACCACACUUACGCCGCCUUCAUCUUUGACCCGCGUGAUAUUCCAUCAUCUCUUCAAAGGUGCUCCCGCAGCUCUCAGCAAGUGUCUCACAGAGCACCAGAACGUAGGCCUCUGCACAGCGUUUCACGUCCUUGGGCAUGUUAACGAGUACACGUUGAAAGACAGAUUUCCGUCUUGGAUGCUGUUCCAGUACGCAAACUGUAGACUCUGGGCCAAACUGGCUGACGUGGUGUUACGGUCGUUGUCGGACUCUUCCGAGCUUCUUGAGAAAGCUAUGACCUACAUCCUUCGGCCUAGUGGAAUGCUGGGUGCACGAAUUCUGGAGGGUACGUCAAAUGAAACCAUUCCAUUUGAAGUGAUGUCACGCUUGCGCAACGUGGAGGACGUUACGGCGAAGUGUCGCGUAGCUUACUGCCUGGCAAAGGCGCUCAGUUCCAAACAGGGCAACACCAUAAAGAUGAUGGAGUACAAAGCUGAGACUGGUGGUCGACAAUUGAGAAGAGAGAGUCUUGAGAUGGAAAUGCCCAGAAAGAUCCUGAAGGCGAGUGUGGGGAAUGCGCUAAAGUUAUGUGCGGUUCAGAUUGGUGCUCACGCUCUUUAUUUGGAGAAGCUUUCUGACAGAACUCGCGUACACAGUGAUUUAGUCAGAUGGCUGGCGGACUUUGUUGUGAGUUCGGGAAUGGAUACAGUAAAGGGUCUUGUGAAUUGUAAAGGUGGAGUUACCCUUUUCCUUGCUCAGAGCGAGCUGUUGACUCUUUGUGAAAAAGUCCUCCAGAAGUUUAACCAUUCAAGUAGAGAUAUCGUCCAAUCCAUUCUCCUAUCCCUGUUGGAAAAGGCCAGCGACUCUCAAAAACAAGAUGACAUGAAGAAAAUUGUGUCGUUUUGCAGAGAUAAGCAGUUUGCUGCACAAGUAGAUCUUUUACCUUGGAUCUGCCAAAGACUGAAAUCCCUAACAGAAGGCGAAGCCUUUUUACCUUUUGAAGUUCUCAUGGAGGCGAGCCAAGGUAUGUUUGAGCACUACAAAGAAAAACUUUCAACGCAAGAGAACCUCAACCGGCGCAUAUGGAGUCCAAAGGGAAAGUUAGGGCUGAGAAGGCUAUUCAGAGAUGAAGAACAAAUGGAAGACGACUCGGACAAUGAAGACAGUGACGGUUUUAUAAACAAUAGGAAUCCAUACAAGACUUUAGAGCCACACCCUUACAUGCAAAUGGCGUUUGAUUUGGGAAUGAUGGGAUUGGAGAAACUCAAAGAAAGACCCUAUGAAUGGGAAAAUGACCGGUAUUCCCAUUAUCGCCGCUGUCCAGUCAAGGAGAACCUCUCCUUAUUCUGCAGGGUUGUGUGCUAUCUGGUAGAGAAAACAUGGCUCACUGAAAGUCCAGAAAUUCAUCACAAAAUUUCCAGAAAAAUGAUUCGAAUUUGGGACAAAUCUCGAAAGAAGGCCGACAAAACACGUGCAAUUUCCGAUGACAAACCAGGAUGUAGUCAUUGGGAAGAUGCACGAUCACAGAGUGUCUCGCAGAAGUCUUCCGAGGAUUCCUACCUGCACAAGUUCGUUUGUUCCUUGAUUAGUAACGUCGAGGAUCCCAUGUUGCUCUUCGAGGUAGUCAAAGAGCUUGGGGAACACCUGAGCAAUGAAAGUGCACGUAAUAGCUCGUCAUCAAGGCUUGAAAGGCACGAAAGACAAGACGCACAGAUCAAGGAAGCUUGUCAAAUUCAUGCUUCAGUAAAGAUUCUUCUUGAAAGAGCCGUUGAUGAAUUUUCUAAACUUUUAAUUGGCCCCAAGAUGGUAACCGCCGUCGAGGAGGUUGCCCAUCGCUGCGACCGACGCCGACUUGAACCUUCGGAAGUACUGUUUCAACUAAAGCGCUCCAAGGUUAUGAACACAAAUAUGACAGUCUUACUGAGAACUUCUAAGAGAGCUCUCAAUAUCUUGGAUCCCAGUGGAGCCAAGAUAAACGGCUUGACAGAAGAGGUUUCAAGACAGUAUCCCAUUUUGCAGCCUCUGGUGGAUUACGUGUUGGCGGACAAGGAGGUUUAUUCGUCGGAUGAACGUGAAGUGGGUCUGUUUCGGUCAAACCCUAGCUUUCUCCCAGCUUUCGUUGCCCAUGGCUUGUUUCCGGGCAUGUUUGAAAGGAACUACUUAGAUGACUAUUUUUAACUGCAAACAGUUUGUAUAAGUCUGAAGGCGACGCCAUUGUGACGAUGAGUCCAUUAUGUUUGUUCUUGUUCAGGGUUUUAUGGAGGUGAAAUAGAAAUUUCCAUCUUUAGUUGCUAUGAUUAAGUGUUGUUUAAAAAGAAACAUCCAGUGCUGUAACAAUUUACCGUUAGACGGCUGAAAAUACUGCGUCAACAGAAGAUUCAAUUGAGUGCAGUUUAAAUAGGAUCAACAUUUUUCACAAAAAACUGGGUGAUGUUCAACAGUCAUUUUCAUGUUUCAGUUAAUUUUUUCUGCUAGCUCACCUUAGAAUGUUAUAUUGUUACAGUAAAGCUCUGCUCCUAUUUUUAGGGAAUUAGUACAGAUAGUAAUUGGAAUAAUCAAACAAACCUUUCGUUUUUCCAGCUGCA